GAUGUCGCUAUAAAAAGCGUUGUUCUUACGUUUAUAAUUGACGCAUAACCUAACUUUUCGAACCGCGUUUUUCGAUUGCACGUGUUCUCUUAAAAGCUCGGUUAAUUUGCUCCUCAGUGAAGCGCAUUAACGCCGAGAGGUUGCUUUUGACAUUAAUUAAUCGUUUUUUAACAUUCCCGACUUGACACGUUUUCAAAAAUGGUUGAAGAAGUAAAUCCAAAAGCGUAUCCAUUGGCUGAUGCCACUCUUACCACGAAGAUUUUGAACCUCGUUCAACAAGCGAUGAAUUAUAAACAACUCCGUAAAGGCGCUAACGAAGUCACGAAAACUUUGAAUCGGGGAAUAUCGGAGUUUAUUGUAAUGGCUGCCGAUACAGAACCGUUGGAAAUUUUGUUGCAUUUACCUUUACUAUGUGAAGAUAAAAACGUUCCUUAUGUAUUUGUUAGGUCAAAGCAAGCUUUAGGAAGAGCUUGUGGCGUUUCAAGAUCGGUUAUUGCGUGUAGUGUGACAAUAAAUGAAGGGUCACAACUAAAACCGCAAAUCACUACAAUUCAACAAGAAAUCGAAAGAUUAUUAGUGUAAAUAAACUAAUUUAAGAAUCACUUUUAUUUUGUAUUAACAGAUUGAAUAUAAAAUAUAAGUUUUUUUAGUACA